AACGUACGCUACGUACAUGUUGACUUUUCUUCCUUUCCCUUUCUUUUUUAGAACUAGCUUAUUCCUCUUCCUCGUUCACAAGUGACAUACGAGUUCUCAGCGUGCACACUUCAUACAAGGGAUUCUGUAAAAUUGAGGAAGAAUGUCCGUUUUUUUCGGUUUUUCUAUUGUCUUAUUGUUUUAUAUCGUCGGUGUCAGCACAGUGUUGUCAGAAAAUGUGCCAGUCCCGGAGAAUGUGAGAGUAAUCUCUAUAAACCUGGGAUUAGUUUUGGAGUGGGAUCCACCACAAACAACUAAAAAUCAACCAUUUAACUACACUGCUGAACUGAAAGGGUGGAGGGGUUAUGAGCCAGUUUGUCAAAACAGCUCAUCGCUAACAUGUGACUUUACUGACAUUGUUGCCAUUUUUGGUUCGUACCAACUUCGUGUUCGGACAGAACUAGAUGGAGAGACCUCUGAUUGGGUGGAGACUAAACAAGUUGCAGUGGACAAAAUAACUGAGAUUAGUGCUCCUCAUGUAGAACUGAGAAGCAACAAUGGACAAACAGAAGUUGAUAUCACUGAUCCUCCGAUGAAAAGAAAAAACCUGAGGGACGUCUUUGGGAAUAUUUUUUACCUCAUACAUUUUUGGAAAAAAGGAGAAUCAAAAAAGGUCAAACUAAAAAGAGAACAGAGCAGAGUUAUGUUGCCAAAGGUGAAGCCUCUGGAAAACUACUGUGUCGAAGUAGAAGUUUUGUAUUUGAAGAAUAAAACAAGCCAGCCCAGCAACAUGACCUGUUUAACAAAUUCACCCAGCAAUGAGGCAGAACCCUGGCUUAUAGCUGUGGUGCUUUUGAUCAGUUUUCUGGUGGUGUUAGUUGCUGUUCUCCUAAUCUUUAUGGCUGUGUGGUACAGUUACAAAGGAUAUAGAAUUGUAUUCCCCAAUGAUAAUCUGCCAGAGCAUCUAAAACAGUAUUUGGCUCAACGGUCCCAGUCACCUGCACCUUUGCCCAUACAUGAGGGAACUCGCCUGAAGGAGCCCAUUCAUGAGUUGAGGAUAUAUAAAAAGAAACUUAACAGCUCUCAGGACAGUCAGCAAAUAUAAUAAUUAUUAUCGUUUCAGACAAAUACGAGGAUUCUAUUUAAGCAUAUAUAAAAUGGAGUAAAGAGGACAGAACUUUUUUGUUUACAGAACAGAAGCUUUUACUUACCAUAAUCAUAUUAAAGUUUCUAAAAUUGCUAGCAUACAUUUGCCCAAUCUGUAGCCACAUUUUCAAAACACUAAAUACAAUUAGCACAACAUCAGAAUAUUGUGACCAUGCAUUACAGUUUUUCUCAAUUGCUUAAACACAUUUCUUGAAACUAUGCCUCAUAUUCUCAGAACAGUAAACAUGAAGCCAUAACGUCUCACCAAAUUUCCCAAACAUCCUAUUUAAGGUCAAAAUGAAGCUCUACUCUCAAAACCAUUCACUCUUGCUGAAAAACCUAACUCAAAAACACACACUACAACAUAAAGCCUUACACAAUGGUGCAAUAAAUUAAAAACAACAUUUCCAAAACUGGCAAGUUAUGUUUUUACAUGAUGAACUCAAAAGACGCAACCAAUGUUUAUAUACUGGCACAUUAUUUAUUCAAGUACUAUAAAGUACAAAAUACAAACACACUUUUUAAAAAUGAUUUAUCUCCACAUCCGAAAACCAUUCAAAUAAUUUAUGCUAAGAAUGCUUUUUGCAUUGAAAUAAAACAACAAAAAAAUAAGUACAAGAUUAUAGUACACAAACAAAAAAAACAAACAAAAAAAAACACUGAAAUCUGUGUUGUGAUUCAGGAAAUUAUUUUAUUAUUAUUUGUCUGAUUUUCUAACACAUCAAAUUAUUGGCCAAAACCAUAUUUAUGAUAGCUCUCUUGGUCAUCUGUGAAUAAAGGGCCCCUUACCUAAACAGCACACAAGUUUCAAACAUGGAAUACAGUGAAUGCCAAAAACUGGGUUUAACCGAAAACUGGCUGUGUUUAAUCAAUUGGUUCAUGUGCAUGUUCUUGUGAAAGCAUUUGCUUUGAAAUUGUAAGGAAAUGUCAUGAUAAAUAUCUAUGUCUGAUGCAUAAAAGUGUGUUUAGUGUUUUGCAAA